AGGAGCAUAUAAAUUAAAUAUAAAUUGGCUUGUCCAUCAUCUGGAUGUCCUUCAAUCUUCGACAUCUAUUAUACAUAUGACUUAGCUGAGUACGACCAUGGCAACAGACGCCGAUAUCGAAGCCUCAGUGUUUUCGCAGCUGGCAACGACAGCGUAUGCCUGCUCAUCUAUGGUACGUCUCAAUGGAGGAACGGCUAAUUUCGUCUACCGGGGGAUUCUAUCAAACCCGGAGUCUAUUGGCGCUAAAGAUGAAAAGCCAAAUGUCAUUAUCAAACAUACGAAAAAUUUCGUGGCUCUUAACCGGGAGUUCAAGCUGGAUAGUGAGCGAUGCGUCUUCGAAGCCCUGGUUUUGAGGGGACUGAAUACCUUCUCUCCGGCGCGAGACACAUCGGUAUCACCACCGAUUACAGUCAAGACUCCAAGAUUGUUUGACUUUGACUCCACAACUCACAUGCAGAUCAUGGAAGAUCUGCCCGAGUCCUCUGAUCUAAAAACGUGGCUCUUAGCUCCGGACACAGGCAUGCGUGUUGAUGAACCAGCAGCAAAGGCAAUUGGACAUGCACUGGGUUCAUGGUUAGGAUCAUUCCAUGCAUGGACAACACUCGACGCGCAAGCCGGCCUGAGGCAAAAACUGGCCAAGAACAAAUCCAUGCAACAGCUCAAAUUUAUUAUCAACUAUGACACGCUGAUCGGUACGAUUGAUCAAUAUCCUCAAAUCCUGGAAAGUAGUCGUUCGGUGUUCGAGAAAGUCAGAGCGCACGCCGCGGAAGAAAUAUCAGCACAUUCCACUGAAAAUAAUAGUCAUGAUGGGAGCGAUGGUUGGGGUCCUAUCCACGGCGACUUCUGGACUGGCAACGUCCUCAUCAACCACGCGCAGCACAGUUUAUUCAUCAUCGACUGGGAAAUGGCCCAGUUGGGUAUGCGGGCAUUGGAUCUGGGGCAAGUACUCGCGGAAUUAUACAAAGUCAAACACUUCAAAAACAAUGACGGCGGAGUCUGGAUUAUGGAAGGACUGAUGGAAAAGUAUCCAUUGCUCAACGAGACGCAGGCCUUCCAGAUUGCGGUGCAUAUGGGUGUUCAUUUGGUGUGCUGGAGUGCUGUGGCCGGUGUCACUUGGGGAACAGCGAGACAGAUCGAGGGUGCAAUCAAUAUUGGACGGGAUUUGAUCACAAAGGGGUGGGAGAAAGACAGAGAGUGGUUUCUGGAUGAUGGAACAUUGCGGCUGCUUUUUCGAUGAGACUAUAUUAGGGUUAGGGCUAUUGAUAAGCAAAGAUAAACCCGCAUAUUCCUUCCU